AAAGUGAUCAAAUUUAAAGUAACAAAAAUGUAUAAAUAAAACAGGAAAGGAGCAGCUCAUUUAUGAUCUGUUAAAAAGUUUAUUGAUAUUACAACACUAAGAUCAAGAACAGUUUAUCUAUUAGUUUACUAAAGACUUAUAUAAACAACUCAAUCCAAUCCAGUCUAAUCCAAUCCAAUCGCUAUGUGUGCCUGUCUUUCUGAUUGUAUAUUGAUUAUACUUUCCAUUUUAUUCCCUCCUUUACCAGUUUGGAUAAGAAGAGGUAUUUGUUCCACUGAUUCCCUUAUUAAUAUCAUCUUAUCCAUCUUAGGUUAUUUACCAGGUUUAAUCCAUUCAUGGUAUAUCAUUGCUAAAUAUCCUCCAUAUCAACAAGGUUCUAAAGUUUAUUAUAUUUAUAGAAAUGAUUUAGAAAAUCAAACUCCAGAUGUUCAUCAUCAUCAUCAUGUUCAUGUUGAUGUUGAUCCAGUUAGAUCUCAACCUGGUUUAAUUCAAACUCCAAAUGCUAGUUAUGGUGCUAUCACUGAAGGUUCUUCUUCAAGUCAACCUCAACCACCUACUGCUAAUGCUCCUCCAGCUUAUACUGAAAUUGAUAAUAAAACUCAACAUUAAGCUCAGUUUUAAAGGUUAAGUGAUGAUGACGAUGAUCAUUAUAGUCUAGAUCAAUCAAAUCACUAGUUCAUUCAUUUCAUUUGUACAAUUUUUAUCAUUCACAUUUAAUUAAUACUAUUUUUGUUGUUCCAUUUUAUUUAAUAGUAUCAUUCAGGGUAGGUCAAAGUAGAGAGAGUAAAGUAAUUUAAAGUAGACUUAUAGGGAUAAAGAGAUUAAAAUAAUCCUUAUUAUAGAAUUUUCAAACUACAUGUUAUAUCUAUAUGGUUAUUUUCAUGUAUUAGUGCUAUCCCGUUUAUAUUAUUAUUCACAUAUAUAAUGUUUUCUUUCCUUUUAUUUCAUUUUUAAUUU